GGUCUUGUGGUCUUUGACACUUCAUUGGAUACAGCAUCUACAAUUGUUGUGUGGGUCCCACAAGCAGCUUUUUUGUCUGUUUAUUUUAAUAUCACACACUCUCUUCUACUCUUCACACCCCAUCAAGCAAAGCAAUGUUCUUUUGUUGUUGUUGUUGUACAUAAAUACUUUCAUCAAGAGUGUCUUCUUUUUUUCCUUUCAUUGCUCAGACAAUAAUGAUUUUUCUUUCUGUUAAGGGUGCUAAUGUUUGUGGAAUCCGAGGAUGAGUUUGUUGCUGGUGUUUUUGAAUGUAGAAAAGUAGCACUAAACAGAAUCAUGAAUGCACGAGUGUUUUCAUCGAUGUGUUUUUAGAACAUACAAAAAAAAAAUUAGCUUCUUUUUUUUUUCUUUCUUUCCACCCUUUAUUAACCUCUGUCUUUUUUCACUCUUUGGAUUCUGUGUUUGUUUGUUUUUGUGUUUUUUUUUUCUCAAUGUCUCAACAAAGACAACCUCAUAUGAUGAGUGGUAACAACCAAGAUCAAUAUAGUGACACAACAUUUACCAAAAUUUUUGUUGGUGGGUUGGCUUGGGAGACUCAAAGGGACACAAUGAGAAGGUAUUUUGAGCAAUUUGGAGAGAUCUUAGAAGCUGUUGUUAUCACAGAUAAGUAUACUGGGAGAUCUAAAGGUUAUGGUUUUGUGACAUUUAAGGAUCCUGAGGCAGCUAUAAGAGCUUGUCAGAAUCCAUCUCCAGUUAUUGAUGGAAGAAGAGCAAAUUGCAAUAUUGCUUCUCUUGGUGCUAACAAGAAUAGAUCAGUAACUCUUCAACAUGGUAGGUUUAGGCCUUCACAUGGAGUGGUGGCACCAGCUCCUUAUCAUGGAUCUUCUUCAUCCACAAUUUUUCAUCAACCUACUAGGCAGUACACAUUUCCUUAUUCAACAUUUGGAUAUUCUGGAUAUUCACAGGACACUUUGUAUCCUGCGCAGAAUUAUUACAAUGUGUAUGGUGUUCAACAAUAUUCACCUUACUACCCAUCUGUUGGAGGUGCUGGGACAAUGGGGUUGGUCCAAAAUAUGUACCCUUACUACGGACAAUAUGCGCAAAAUAUCCAUGGACCUGGUUUUGGUGUUCAAUACCCUCAAAUGACACAGAUUCCAGUUUUGUCUCAGAAUUAUGGUUCCUCUGGAAUAUUGUCAUUUCCUUCCUCAACAACAUUGCCAACCAUUAGUCCAGCUAACGUAGCCGCAGCCGCAAUCGCAACUACUACAACAGCAACAACUGUGGCAGUAACAGGGGUUACCAGUUCACAAGCUACUGAAACAACAACAGACUCCGAACAAAAACAACAACAUUCAACAACUUGAUCUCUACGAGGAUAAAAGAACACACAUGGUGUCUUACAAGUUACAAGGCUAACCAAACCUUAACCACAUUCUCAAUUCAUCAUGACAAAAUUUACCAUCAUCAUCAUUAUCAUCAUCAUGAUCAUCAUAAGUAUUUUCUUCUUUUAAGAAAAUAUGAUUUUUUUUUUUGAAUUAGAACUAGGUAAGAUCAUAUUCAUUUAAGUAUUCAGCAUAGGGAAGAAUCUAAUUAUUUAAGCUUUGGAUUCUACCUUUUAGAGUAAUUCAACUCUUUAUUAUGUCUAGGGUGUUGGAAGCAUCCAAUGACAUAAUAGUCCUUUGUUUAUAAUUUUAGUACAUGGGUUCAAAAGAUUGAUUUUAUAUCUUUCAAACCCUUUAUUGGCUGGUCAAUUAGGAAGAAAAAAAAUUGAGCUUAGGUAGCUCAAUAAUUUAAUAUGUAUUUUAUUUUUCUGAAUAUUUUUUUUUCUCUUCUUCUAAGGAUAUGAUUAAUUGAAAAGAAAGUAUUUGUUUGUUUC